CAAUGGAGGUGUUUUAAGUGUACAUGCUCUGAUUCACAGUGAGGUCGUUGUUAGAUAACAGAGCUAUAUAAACAUUAGUAAUCCUGACUUUUUGACAACAUCGAUUAAUCAACUAGACAUUGGAAAGCAUUAGGCAAAGACCAAUCUUCUUCAAAUUGGUGCUUCGAGCGCAUUACGCACGACCGGAGGCGCAGAGUCGCCCUUGAAGUGGGAGAUGGCAACUCUCAAACCAACACAAACAUAACCGCGCAACACCGAAGGUUUGAGCAUCAAAAGAGAAGAUUAAGCAACUUGCCGAAAGCAAGAUCUCUUCUCUGUUAUGUCUGUCUCUUCUUUACCGGAAUGGAAACAACUCCUGCUGGAGCGAAAAAGGAGGGAGGAGGAGGAACGAGAGAAAAGGGAAAAAGAAGAGGAGGCCAAACUAGCCAGCAUGCCUGCCUGGAAGAGAGGGAUCAUCCAGAGGAGGAGAAAGAAACUGGACAGUUCCGGGGACAAGGAGAGGGAGGGCCCCCAAGUCAAGGAGGGCAGGUCCCCCUCUGAUGCUAUGAGUGACCCGGACAGCUCUACACUGGUGCAGGUGGGAAGUGAACCACCACUUAGCCCAGAUGCCACAGGGCUGUGGCUGGACGAAGAGGCUAAACCUCAGAGUCAGGUGUUAUUGGAGACUAUCACCCCUGUCCAUCAAAACCCCUUCAUUCGCACACAUGGCGGAUGGAGGAGGGGAAGAGAAGCAGAGAAGGCUGGGGAGACUGGUCACGAGAAAGGGAAUGACCAAGAAAUAGAGCUUGGGAGAGAAAGGGAAAAGGAGAAAGAAAAAGGCCAUGUCAAAGGUUAUGAUGGGGAGUCAGGGAGAGGAAGAGAUAUAGAAAUUAGGAUUGAGCGAUACAGGGACAGAAGUGCCGGGAGAGAGAUGAGCCAGGAUGCUGUUCGAGACCAGGAAAGGGAAUGUCCAAGGGGGAAAAAAGAGGAGGAGAGAGAGGAAGGAGACUUAGAUCCUCCAAGCCCCAAGUACCCCCACCCACAAGUCCCAGGCCUUCGUACCAUCAGAGCAGACAACAUCAUCAUCAUUGAACAAGACAGGAAGGGAAGUGAUGAAAGGAGAGGUAGAAGGAGAGAGUCGGAGAAGGAGAUGAUGGAUGACGAGCAGGAAAAAAGAGGUGUGAAGAUGGACCUGAGGGAGCUUCUGGCUGGUGGAGGGAGUGUCACAGAGAUCAGAGCCUCAGAAGUACUGAUCAUUAAACCUUUAGCUGGUGCAGAGGACUGCAGAAGUGGAGGUCUAAAAGGGACAGGCCGGGAAGGAGAUGGAGAAAGAGGGAGAGAAGCAAAAUGCAGUAAAGAUGGAAGAAAGGACUGUGAGGGGGAGCUGGAGAGAGGGGUGACAUGGAGGAUGACAAAAGAUAAAGAGCGGGAGAAAGAUCGGCCAUGGACACAAUCUUCUGAAAAACUGGAAAGGAAAUUUGACACGGACGAUGGUCUCCACAACGAGAGAGGAGUUCGGGUGAGUGAGCUGCUUAGUAAAUUUGGUGAACAUACAAAGAAAUUCAGAGAACAUCCAAAGCUCCCAUCCCGGUCUAAAAGCUCAGAGUGUUUCAUCCGUCUAGACAGGGACAGUGAAAUGUCUGGUCUGGACAAGGACGAUUGCGGGGGGGAGGAGAACAAUUUAGGAUUCAGAGGUGUUCCCAAAAGGUCAUUGAGCUUCUCCGACCGGGUGAAAUGCGCAAAAGAGAAUGGUAUGAAGGAUGAGGGGAACCAUGAUAAGAUGGUGGAGAGGACAUAUUCAGACAGGCGGGUGGCUCCCUGGAGAAAGGUAAAGGAGAGGGACUGUUCUGAGAAGACCUGGCUCUCAGAUAAAGAGCAGGCAAGGAAGCUUAGAGAGGGAUGUAAGAAAGCAGAAAGGGAGGUAGUGGGAGGGCCUGAGAGACUGCCUUCUUUGGAAAGCAUAAAAGGAAAAGAGAUUGACCAUGGGGUUGUGACAGCAACCUCUGUGGAGUCCGGGUGUAGUAUCAAGGCAACAGCAGAGCUAACUGAGAAUAUGUAUGGGGAGGCUGGCUUUACAAUGGCCUCUGUUAAAAACACAGAGGCCUCAUUCGCCCGUAGAGUGUCCAUCAAACACGAUGGGCGAGACACGGCAGUGGAAAUGGAUGUCAAGCAAAUGAAAGAGGAAAAUGAGAGGUGGAUGGAAAGGGCAAAGAGCACAGAGAGAGAGGUGGUGAUUGCAAGACAGGCAGAGCCACAAAUGUGGGAAAGAAGGUCAUCAGACUUCAGGAGAGGAUCUGACGUAAGGAGGGGGUCAGAUGUGAGGGACUGCACAAUUUCUGUCGAAACCACCCCGCAUAAUUGUGUGAUCACCCUGUCUGUAGACAGAGCCAAUCCCCCGCAGUCUGCUGAUAGCCAGUACAGACAUGAAUCCACAUUUACAGAGUGCUCAGCUAACUUACUCAGCACUGUGGCACAUAGAGGAACAGGGCACCAUUCAUCCCAGUCGCCACUGUCACAUUACACAGAGGAUCUCAUCAAUAAGAUUGAAAAAUUUGGAGAGACAGCAAAUGAACGUGACAAUCACAAAGGGACCCAAACAUCGACACAGGAAUACAAAGGCAUGAUUGGGGAGAACAUUGAAACUGUCAGGGUGAACAAAGCUUUUAGGGCGCCAGGAGAGCUUAGCAAAGACAUUGCACAGCCACCUGGUGCAGACAAACACAGUCACCUCGAAAAGUCAGUUCAGGAAGUGACCCCUAAGUGUCCUAAGUCCCCAAAGCCCGUUACCUCUGUUGGAGUCCCCCCAAUACCUCAUGAUAUCCACAUUCCCACAACGGUGUUCUACGGUGUGGGGGAAACAUCAGGGAAGAAAAGGCCAAGCCUCCACAGUGAAGACGAAGACCAGAGCUGUGAUGGAGAAGGAGGGAAGGAUGUGGAGAGAAGGGAUAGUUGGAGGAUGGGCAAGCCCUUGUCUCGCAUUGAAUCCCUGAGAGAGAAAAUCCGUCAGAGAGAGGAGAAGCCGAGGAACAUGGAGGGAGCGUCAGGGGAUGAGGAAGAUGCACCUGAGGGGAUGGACAAGGCUAGAAGAGCUUCAAGUUCAGACAAGUGUGAGGAAGGAGAGCAGGGAAGCCAAAUGGAGCGAGAGAGACAGAGACAGGAAAGCUCUGCACCGCAGACAAUACCGACACAGGAAGUGAGCGUGUCGAAAGCCGGCCCCCAGCUUCCUGUUCCUCUCUUGUUCUCGCAAGCUGUCAAAGAAGAGGAAGAAACCAUUGCAGUCUCCAAAGUCAACUCGUUCAGUUCUCACACCGUUGAGAGAGAGGAAGAUCCAACAAAACAUGUAGUAGAUGAGUUAAGGUGCGACAGCAGUCGGCAGAGAAAACAGGACACCAGAGGCAGAGGAGGUGGAGGAGACGGAGAGGAUAAACCCUCAGAGGAAGAGCACAGGCAGCAUUAUCUGCCCCUUUUGCGCUCACGCUCACCUUCACCAUUAAACUCCAUCUUCCCCUCACCGCCUCACCCGCACUCUCUUGCUGAGAUGAGCCGGAUUUAUAACUUGAAAACGGUGGGGUCCAGGACAGCGGUGUGCAUGAGUGAGAGGACCAUGGAUAGACCAAUCCAAUCACCCAGUACCAAGGUACAAUCCCAACUAUCGGCAGCACAAAAGGAGCCAUGCAGUCCGGAGAGGACGGUUGGGAGGCUGACACAGAAGCAGCUGUGGGUUGGUGGGGUGGCAUUGGGGAGCAAGGCUUCGACAAGCGAUGAGCAGGCCGGAUUUCAGACUGUACAGCGUCAGGUAGAGCAGCUUCAGUUGCGAGAUCAACAGGAAGUACCGAGAAUGUCACACGAUGACAAUGCGGCCCUGCCUUCCCUUAGUCAGAAAACACAUUUUAAGGAUCGGGAGUCUCAAGCUGAGCCAGACCCCAGGGUAUCGCAGAACCAGCCAAAUAAUGAAACGGAGCAGGAGCAACCAAGGCAAAAGGACCAACAAACACCUCGAAGUCCUGUAAAGUGUAAGUCUUCUCCACAACUGCUAUCUGAAAGGACUCCUCAACCCAAGCUAGCCCAGUCUAAUCAGCCUGCAUCCAUUACCAUCAACUCUAGACCUCUCCUGACACCCUCUCCUGAGAAUGCAUUACACCCAGACCGAGGUGUCCCGCCGGUACCAUCAUCCUCCCCAUGCUCACCUACCCCACCCCAGUCAGCCUCUCCUUCCUCCUCCCCCUCGCCGACCCUGUUCACCAUCCGGAGCGCAUCUGGAGGCAAGCAGGUCAAAAGGGGCACCACCAUCACCAUCACCCCCCGGAAGCCUGUCGGAGGUGCAGCCGUGGAAGCAGUGGCAGUGUCCUCAGGACCCCCAGCCAAGACGUCUGCCCAAGCCCAGCUGCCGGUCCUAACUGAGGUUGCGGAGACAGGCAAGAAGAGGUACCCCACUGCAGAGGAGAUCGAAGUGAUUGGCGGGUAUCAGAACCUGCACAAGUCCUGUCUAGUCAAGAGUCCCAAAGGGACUCGCAAAGGGGUGAAGGUGUGCUUUGAUGACGCCCAGCUGGAGCAAAUGUGCGAGUACCCAUCAGAGAGCUCCCUGCUGGCUUCGACCCCCUCUCUGCCGAGUCAAGAGAAAGCAAAGGAGAACGAGGUGCAGGAGGAAGAUGAGGAGGAGAGAGGAGCAUUUGUGUCUAGGAGCAGGAAUGUAGGGACGGCAGCUGGCCUCCGAGUGCUGAGAGUAGAUGAGUCUUGCCAUCGGUAGACGUCAGCUGGCCAAAUUGCCCAAAUAAAGUGAUUCAAGAUUUUAUUUGAACUAGUAAUAUGAUCAUACUUUUAUUGUAUUUGUCUGGGUGAAAACGAUUGAUUAAAUGUUUGUAUUAUU